GUCUGAGUGGGCAAAGAGCAGCUGCGCCUCCUCCUCCAAGCCUACAGGGGGCGCUCUGCUCGGCUGUGGAAGAAUCAAAGAGUGAGAGAGAGAUAAAGAGGAAAGAUAUUGCAUUUAUAUAUAGCCUGGCAUGUCCCCAGUGUACCUCCUGGCCUCUGCGCUGACUUGGAUGGAGAGUGCCUGCUCCGGGUAGAGAAGCAGGUGGCUGGGAGAACACAGCAAGCGUCGGGAGGUGGAGAAGUCGACAUUUCGGGUGUAACCCUUCUUCCGGACCGUAUAUUGCAUUUAUAUAUAGCCUGGCACAUCCCCAGUGUACCUCCUGGCCUCUGCGCUGACUUGGUGGGAGAGUGCCUGCCCCGGGUAGACAAGCAGGUGGCUGGGAGAACACAGCAAGCGUCGGGAGGUGGAGAAGUCGACAUUUCAGAUGACUGUCCACAAUCUGUACAUCUUCGACAGGAAUGGCGUCUGCCUCCAUUACAGCGAGUGGAACCGUAAGAAACAUGCUGGAAUAUCGAGGGACCAGGAAUACCAGCUGAUGUACGGAAUGUUGUUCUCUAUCCGCUCCUUUGUCAACAAGAUGUCUCCUGUCGAUUUUCGUGACGGCUUCCUGUCCUUUCAGACCAGUAAAUACAAGCUGCAUUAUUACGAGACUGCGACGGGCAUCAAAAUCGUUAUGAACACGGACCUUGGGGUCGGGAACAUCCGAGAUGUUCUCAGUCAGAUCUACAGCACGAUCUUUGUCGAGCUUGUGGUGAAGAACCCCCUGUGCAGUAUGAACGAGCCCAUCCAGAGCGAACUGUUCCGCACCAAACUGGACAGUUUUAUCCGUGGCCUGCCCUUCUUCUCCGCACGGGCAGGCUGAUCAUUGGCUGAUUCAUGCUCCAAAUGGUUUGACGCUGCACAAAUGAUCAUGAGAAACUGCAUUGCUUCAGCACCCAGUUCCUGUGUGGAAUUGGUGAGGUGUCCCCCCCCCCCCCCCCCCCCCCCCCCAACCCGUGCUGAAUUUUUUUACCCCCUUUCGGAUUCAGAGCUCUUUGUUUCUCUCUGUUCCACCCCUUGCCCACCUUGUGUCCUCGGCUUUAAUGCCAUAUUCCAGUUACUGUGACUACAGAUGGUAGCAAUGGAUGGAAGCAAUUCGUGGUUCUGUAUCAUUUGGGGAAUUCUUUUUCAGAAGCCUCCUCCUGUUUAAUUUAUAAAAUAAAUCUGGCCUCAGGGGCAGUGCAUCUGUC